GACCAACCUUCGAAAUCGCUCACUAGAGCGACACCCGCCGUCUGAGCCGCUGGAUGCAUGGACGCGUACUCGAGGCACAUCACCACCGCUUGCGUCAUCUGCAAAUGGCUGACGUUGGACGGUUCCCAGCUGCCUGCAGGUGGUACUGUGAAGUCUGUCCUCAUAGAACCCUGCUCGUCAGAACCAUGUGCGAUAAAGCGAGGGGAUACAGCAAGAAUCAGCAUGAAAUUUACUUCAGAUCAACAUUCUCGUACAUUAAGGGUGGGCAUCAGCGCUGUUCUUGAGGACGAUCUUGAGCUCCGUCUACCAACUACGGAUACAGAUGGCUGCCGCAGAAGAGGUAUUCAGUGCCCCAUACAGCAGGGCGCCGAUUAUACAUUCAAGUAUGAUCUUGAAGUGAAGCCUAUUUACCCAAGGUUGAACACAACAGCCAAGCUCAAGCUAACCGGAGAAAAAGGGACAGCUGCAUGCGUUUCGUUCCCUGUUAGACUGGUUUAAUGGAAUGAAUGCAAAGGAAUACUUCCAGAAAAGCGUCCACAUCAUGUUUUGCAAUAAAGUGCUGGUAACAAGUUUAAGCUGUGAA